AUGGCGGAAAUUCCCACUCUUGUAGUUCGAAAACCCUGUUUUGAUCUUCCAACCGGUUGCCCUCAAUGCCUCUCUGCAUACAUUUAUCUCAAUUUCGCUAAAAUCCCCUUCCAAUUGAAUUUCCAUCUAAACGAUCCACAUUCCGAUAAAAUUCCUUAUUUUGAGAUUGGUGAUGACUUUGUGGCUUAUGAUAAUGAGAAUGAAGGAGUUAUUCAGUGUUUGGGGAAAAAUGGUGGUGUAGUUGAUUUGGAUAGUGAGGUUUGUUCUCUUCCUGAAUGGAUUGCGAUUAAAGCAGUUAUUACUACUUGGCUUCAUGAUGCACUUGUUUAUGAACUUUGGGUGGGAAAUAAAGGUUCUCCGGCUUAUAGUAUCUAUUAUUCUGAUCUUCCUUGGCCCAUUAGGAGGGUUCUUUCUUCCAAGAAAGUUCGAUCGGUGAAGGUUAAACAUGGGAUAACUGGUGAUAAUGCUGUAGCCAAGAAAGAAGAGAUUUAUGAGAGGGCAAACUCUGCUUAUGAUGCUCUAUCAAAAUUGUUAGAUGAAAAGAACUACCUAUUUGGGAACAGACCAUCAAGCUUGGAUGCUAUUUUUCUUGCACAUGGACUCGUUGUUCUUCAAGCUUUACCAGAAUCUUCUACGCUACGGAUCAAGUUUUUGGAACAUGAUAAUUUAGUUGGAUAUGUCCGAAAAUGCAAGACUGAAAUUAUAGAAGCCGGACCCCAAAUUCACACUGAUGCAUCAUCGUCGGGUUUCAGAAUUCCUUCAACUCAGAAAGGGCAUAAAUUUAAGAGCGCGCCGAAAAGGGAGAAGACAGAUGAGGAGAAAAGGUUUAAAAGGAAGGGGAGAUAUUUUGUGGCAGGACAGUUGGUUGCAGUUGCUGUUUUUCUCACACUUAUGAUGUCAUUUGAUUUUGCUGAAGUGGAGCUAGAAAAUGUUGACGGAGGGGAUGAAUAA